CUUUAGCAAAUUUCAGUAAGAAGAAAAAGAAAAAAAAAUUAUAUUUUGAGGAAAAACCUAAUGAUGCAGGCGGAUGAAAGCUGUGAGCUUUACAGAUUCCUAGCCCAGAACAAAGGGUUCAGGCAGAGGGGCGGCUCCGGAUCCUGCAGCUUUCCGGCGGCCCAAAGCUUGUCCACCUCAUCCUCUUAUUUCCCUUUGAAUGAGUCGGCGGCGGCAGCCACCGAGACAGCGCUUCCGUCGCCCCAUGACAGAGCCCUGGCGGCGCUGAAGAAUCACAAGGAAGCUGAGAAGCGUAGGAGAGAGAGAAUCAACUCUCAUCUUGAUAAGCUUCGGACUCUUCUUCCAUGUAAUUCCAAGACCGACAAGGCAUCGCUUUUGGCAAAAGUGGUAGAGCGAGUAAAAGAGCUGAAGCAUCAGACCGCAGACAUUGCGGAGCUGGAAACCUUCCCUUCCGAGAGCGACGAGAUCAGCGUGCUCUCCGGCGAGGAAUCGGACGACGGACGGCUCCUCUUCAAGGCCUCUCUUUGCUGCGAGGACAGGUCGGACCUCAUCCCGGAGCUGAACGACAUCCUGAAUUCGCUGCAGCUGAAGACUGUGAGGGCCGACAUCGUCACUGUGGGCGGCAGAAUUCGCAAUGUUCUUCUUAUCGCCGCCAACCACCACCACAGCCUUGAGUCCCUCCACUUCCUUCAAAACGCUUUGAAAUCUCUUCUUGAGCGUUCCAAUUGUAGCGAUAGAUCCAAGAGGAGGCGUCUUGUAAUUGCCCACAAAUGAAAAACCUUUUUUUUUUUUUUUUUUUUUUUUUUUUUUUUUUUUUUUUUUUUUUUUUUUUUUUUUUGC